UCGGGUUCGUUAUACCGUAAAAGAUAUCCGGUGGGCAAACCCAAAAAACUCCAGUCUGAAGAAGAAAACAACAUCAAGAAAAUGACAAACGACAUCGCAAAGUAUGCUUUAAAAACUUUAAUGUAAGGAUGUCUUUUUGAAUUGCACUUUGUUAUAAUGUGUGAAGAUGAGUGGAGAUGGUGGUUAUCAAGGAGUUGAACAGUCCAUUGUCUUAAAACAGGGGGAGGUUCGCAUGAAAAGCAAGACCUUCGGGAUUUGGAGGAAGCGCUAUGUUGUUCUAUUUGCCCCUUCCAGUAAAGGUCCAACAAGAUUCGUGAAGUAUGCCGAUGAGAGGGGGUACCGAGAGGAGAGGCAGCUGUCAUUUAUUCGCAUGCAGGACGUGACAACUGUUGUGAGGUUGUCGUUUAAUGAAGACCACGGCAUCACAAUCUCCCUGGCUGGAGGGGAAGUCCGACAAUUUAUAUGUAAUGAUGAUGCAGAUGACUGGCUUCAGAAAUUGCAAGCAGAGGCUGGUAAAAGCGAUACUCUCCCUAUGGGAAUGUUUCGGGCUUACCUUAUACCAAACAUUUUUCUGAAUUAUGACGGGGAAUGUAUUAUGGAAGUGACUGCUGAUAGGGUUAACGUUUACGAGGAUGUUUCCAAACUCAGGAGGUGGGUCAGCAUGAAGAUUUCUUGUAUCAGAAGAUACACAGCCAACCCAGAGAAAAGGGACAACAACCUUCUUAUAGAAAAUGGCCGUUUACAAGAAGAAGUUGGAGAAUGCUUAUUGCUGUUCAAGUCUUACCAGUCAGAAGAGAUCUAUAGACGUCUGGAUCAGAGUGCCAGGAGACUCCGUGGAAGUGUGGCGUCCGGACAAUCACAGAGCAGCAAUGGAAGCUUUAAUCCACGGUUUCGAAGAUACCAGAGCACCAAUACCAUGCCGAGAUUAAGGGAACGUUCAUACACCAAGAAUUCACUGUAAUCUCCAUCCAGCCACCUUUUAAGACAGCUUGUGUUGGAAUUUGUAUGCAGCAUUCCCAGCAAAAUAUAUUUUCAUGACCACCUAAACAUUCCAUGUUAAUAAAUUAUUUUUUUAAUGCAACAUACGUCUUUAAUAAAUGCUUUAUAAUUAUGAAGUUGAAUGAUACCUGUGAUAUACAAAUUAUGGUUCUAAAAAUACAUGUAUGAUGUUUUUGUAUAAAUUGAACUGUUUUAUUUUGGUUUUAUUGAUGUUAAGAUGCAGUAAUUAAAAUCAGUAAAGCCAGAUUAUACAGAACAUUCCAAACUGAUGCAAGCUAGAUUUUGUGACCUUUACAUGAUUACUAAUCCUGUACUCAUUGCUGAUAUUUUUUUCAAUAUAUAUAUUUUUUUGAAAUCACAAUAUAUAUGAGAGAGAUACUGAAGAAUCUUGUGCAUUUAUUAUAUGUAUUUAAUAUGAGCCAAGCUUUGCUUUAUAAAGCAUGAACUCAGAAUUGAAGUGUAAGUUCUGCAACAAAUACAUGUACAUCUAAAUGAAUCAAACCUCAUUCAAGAAGAGGAAAUAGAGAAACAAGUUGAAUAAAUAUUUCUGCUGCAUCAAAUGUUUUACUUUUAAAACAAAACAAUGAAUACAUUUUUCAUGAUUGAUAGAAAUGGCAUGUAUAUGUUCCCAUUUCCCUUACUUCUCAGUUAUGAUAGUAGUGUUUGCUGUACUCUUAUUUUAUUGUGACAGUGUAUAGCUUUAAUUAAAUUCUUUUAUUAAUAUUACAUGUACGGUAUAUCAGGGUUGUGUUAAAAAUGCACCUUUUCAAUUAAUUUGACUUACCACAGUGGGUUAAAUAAUAUGUAUAUUUUUUCAAGUACAGUGGAGCCUCAUUUAUUUGGAUGCUUUGGUUCCUAGUCAAUUUGUCCGGAUAUGUGAAGCGUCCGGAUACCUGAAUCACCAGUUAAACAAAACAAAAUAACAUUUAAAAAUUCUGUUCCAAUUAAAAAGUGUCUGGAUACUGAAGCGUCCGGAUAUCUGAAGGUCCACUGUACAGCGUAUACCUGGUAACUGGAUAUUGUAUUUUUUUUAAAGAUUGCCUAAAUGAGAUUAAAUUUUUAAAUUACAAACAAAAGAUACUGAUGAUUCUUUCAAGUUGGUAAUGGCAACAUUUUUUGUUAUAUUUUAUUUUUUGAGAUUAAGUUUUGAAUUAGAAUGAUAGGUGCAAGACAUUAUUUAAAGUUGAUAAAAGCAUAAUAUGAUAUAAUCAUUAUAUUAUUUCUUUUGAAAAACUAUAAAUUGCUGAUUACACACAUUUUACCUUUCAGACAUUGUAUGAUAAUAAAUUACUGUUCACAUUUUUAAUUUCAAGUGUUUAAAAUUCUCUAUGUUGAUACAUUCCAUGGCGGUUUUAAUUUCAUGGUCACUGAAUUUUUCAGUUAAGGUUUGCAAAUUUCUAAAUUUUCUGAAAAAACAAAGAAUGUCACUCAGUAAAUUAUUUGAAAUAAACAGAUUUCAAUUGCUAACGUGCUUUUAUCCCACCAGUACUCAGAAUUCCACAUGAUUUUCAAAUAUUUAUUAGUUUACUGUAAUGAAAUAGAUAUUUUUUUUUUUAAAAUGUGUAUAUAAUUAAGAGCUACUAGAUUAAUGUACAAUAUUCAGGAUGGUUUUAUUUUUGCUGAAGAUUUUUUAGGAUUUUGUCAAAACAAUGAUUUUGCAAUUUUUUUUUCAAAUUACAUUCCUUAAUAAUUAUGACAAAGAUUAAAGAGAUUUGCAGAAGUGCUAAUGACAAACUGCUGAGAUUCACAUUCAUGAAUGAACAUAUGUUUAUUAGUAUUGUCACUUUUUUAAUCCCCCGCUGGAAAUUGAACACAGAUCAAAAUAUAUAUACAUGUACAUACACAUAUAUGUACGUAAUGCAACUGCUUUUUUUCUUUCAUGUAUUUCAUAAAUGGCAUAUGCAAUAUGCUAUAUAUGCAAACUAGUUGCCUUGUUUAUAUUGUAAAAAGAGAAUUGCUUCCAUGCUUAUGACUCUUGCUAAAGAUAUUUGUGAGUGAUAUAUAUACAUUUAUAUCUGUUGAUGAAAAGGAUUUAGUUCAUAUGCAGUAUGGAAAUACAGGAAAUUUAUGCAAGGCCACAGAUAUUUUUUAAAUGAUCUGUUAUACAUUAUUUUUGCAUGUCACAAUUAUAAUGAUUCUUUUCAGGUUAUAUUUAAUUAAUGUUAAAUUGUUAAUAAAUCAAGGUAUUUGACAUACCAACCACAGAACAGAAUUCAUUUUAUGUGCAUCUAUAAAAAAAAAAUCACUGAAUUUAUAUACAAUUAUGUACGUAUUUACUGUUUUUAUUAUAUUUUUACUAUGCAUAUUUCUGUGACAUUCCUUAUUCUAAGAGAAAAUUGUAUUUAACAGUAUUUGUUUCAAUAAGCACUCAAACUGAAUAGAGAUAUUGAAUGGGGAUGGGGAUCAACUUACUAAAAAAUACACUGUAUUAAUAAAAUUGCACUUGAAGUUACUAUCUCCUUUACUGAAGUGUCUAUACAAAGAAACACACUAUUAAAAGAAAAAUUGGAUUUUUUUUUCAUUAUGAUAUUAAUUGGGAAAAGCUCUUUUCUUUCAUACUUUAAGAUAAUGAUUAUAUAUAUAUAUAAUUUUUUUGUGGUUUAUAUUUUUGAAUCUGUAGGCACAUGGAUGCUUGUUGGAAUGAAUAUGUUGAAUAUUGGUAAUUAAUCUUGCUUGAUACCAUCUUUGCCUUAUUAGAAUUUAUAACAUGUUUUAACAUUAUGUUAUGUGAGAUUAAAGUCAUUAUAAUGUAUUGUUGAAUUUUGCAGUAUAUAAAGUUCAAAAGUUUG